CUCAGGAAUCCGUGCCCUGCAGAGCAGCAGAGACAGAGCUCUCUUCGUCUUCAGCUUCCAUGGCCAUGACCUGACCUGAACUUCUCCUUCUCGGCGGGCGGUUCUCCAUAUCAAAGGUCAUAGCUUUCUUCCACUUCUUCUUCCCGAAAACCCUAACGCCAUGAACCUAAAUGAAGAUCACCUGCCAAACCACGAUCCCGUUCCUCAAUCUCAAUCGCAUUCUCCCCAAACCCUAACCCUAGAAAUCCCCGCUCCUCAGGCCUGCGAUGCCCCCGAUCAGGGCCCUCAGAAGCCGCAGGGCUUCCUUGAGCACACCCAGAUGGAUGAGGACGUCGAUCCCCCUCCCUCCACCCCGAAGUCACCCCCCAUCACCCCUCACGACGGCGGCUCCCAUACCGCUGUCUCCCGCCGCGGCCACAAGAGCAAGAAGCCCGGAAUGAAGUGGCGGGGGCGAGGCAAGAAGUACCAGCAGAAGAUCAACGCCCUCAACGCACUCAACGCACUCCUUGAUACCUUCCUUAAGACCUUCAAGCCCGUUCCUUUCAUUCCGGCCAAAGCCCUCGACUUUGCCCGCCACGAGAGCCUCCUCAAGCGGCUCGGCCUCUGGGAGUUCGUCCAGGUUAGCUUCGAUAGGACUCUCCGCUCUGAUCUCCUCGCGCAGCUGGUCACGACGUUCAAGAAGAAAGAGCGGUGCAGCUACGUCAACGAAGUGAGGAUUCUUGUCAACAGGGCGGAUCUGGCGAGGGCCCUGAAGCUGCCGCUUAGGAAGAAGGAGAGGACCUCAUCGGGGCUGGAGAUAUCGUUGGAGAGUACCGAGAAGGAGGAGUCUAUUGGGUUCCUUUUGGAUUUCGUGUCGAACUGGGUACUUCUGCACGAUGAUAUGUGGAUUAUGCCCGAUAAUGUGUUGAACUGGAACAAUGCUAUUCGGGAGGGGAGGUUUGAGAGUUUGGAUUGGCCGGAUAUGAUGUGGUUCAUGGUGGAGAAGGAGCUAACGCAGGGCCCGGCUUUGGAGAAUUGCUAUUAUGCCUCUCACCUGCAGUGCUUGAUAAGGUCUCAGCGGGAGGAGCUGUUGAGGGAGGAGGUGGAUGUGAAGGACGGAGAUGACGAUGUGAAGAUGGUCGAUUUAGAGGAGCAGAGCUUGGAGCUGAGUCUCGGGCAUGACAAUGUUGAUAGUGCUGAUGUCGAUGAGAAGGAAGGUGCUGCUAGUGCUGAAGUUGGUAUCAGGAAAGAGGAGUCUUUCAGUGCUGAGAAGAGGGAUGAGGAGGAUGAGUCGGGUGCUGGACGAGAGGAGGAUGGAGUAGCAGUCGAAGAGGAUGGCAAUGUUGAAGCUGGUAUGGGGGAAGAAGAAGCAGAGGAGGCAGACCAUCAAGCUGAGAUGGAAAAUGUGGCUAAAGAGGAAGAACCGGGAGAGCAGUGGUUUCUGGAUGGACAGAAUGAGACGGGCGAGCAUUUCUUGCGGCAAUGUAGCUUUAACAAUGUCGGAGAUAUUGACAUGGGUUACAACAUGGACAAAAAGACAGAAGGAGAAGGGGAAGAGGGAGAAGAUAUGGAGGAGCAGGAAGUCGAAGAUGAAGAGGGGGAUGAUGAUGAUGAUGAUGAAGAGGAGCAAGGAGACGAGCGAGGAAGGUUCCAUAUGUCGGAGAACUUAAACGACUUGGAAGGCCUGUCUUCGGCGAAUCUGAUCCAAGUAAUGGAUAACAACCAAAUGCCAUUUAGUUCAGGAGUUCAGAUUUGUGGUGACUCGUGCGGAGAGUUCUUAGCCUCCAGUUCGAGAGCCGAAACCCACCUCGGCCCCGGUGGGCCUUCUAUUUAUGGGAACCCAAACAAGAGGGAGAUGGAUCACAGCAAUGGGCUCCUGCUUAACAAUGGCUCCAAUAAACGGAUGAGGACCGAACCGCUUGAUUUCAACACCUGCAGCGAGAAUGCCCUGGAAUGGUUUGAGAAGAUGAGGAUGGCUCACGAGGCGAGGGAACAGAUGUGGGCUACCUCUGCUAUGAACCAGCAGAUACUGCUCAAUGAGCUGCAGCAGAGAGAGAGCAUGAUCGAGCACCUGCACAAGGCGAGGGCCGAGGACCAGCAGAAGAUGCAGCAUGAUAUCUACAGGCUUGAGAGGGAGCUCCACAUGAUGGUAGGACUUCUAGAAGGGUACAGGAAGGCCCUGAAAGAGAGUAACAGGGCAUUUGCUGAGUACCGGGCCGGGUGCCCUCAGCUCGACGAGCCACUCUACAGGGACGUCCCCGGGUCAGGGGGCCUCAUGCUGAGUGUGACGGAACUGGAGAAGCAAAGAGCGAGGAGGGAGGAGGAGGAGAGGGCAAAGCUCGUGAUCAUGAAGGAUAGGAUCAAGGAUUUUGAGGCAGUGUGGAGCAUGAGGUUCGAGGCCCAUCUCGAAGCGACUGAACUCCUUGCCAACAAGUUGCUUAAGAUUGAGGAGGAAAUGAAAGCUGUGAAGAAAUUGGUUAAGGAGCGGAAGAUGGGUCAAGAAGAGGCCAAGGAAUCUGCUGGUCAAGAAAAGGCCGAGGAAUCGGCUGUUCAGGAGAAGGCCGAGGAUUCGGCUGUUCAGGAGAAGGCCGAGGAUUCGGUUGCUCAGGAGAAGGCCGAGGAUUCGGUUGCUCAGGAGAAGGCCGAUGAUUCGGUUGCUCAGGAGAAGGCCGAUGAUUCGGUUGCUUAUGAGAAGGCCGAUGAUUCGGUUGCUCAGGAGAAGGCCGAGGAUUCGGUUGUUCAGGAGAAGGCCGAGGAAUCCGCCGAGCAGAAGGUUGAGGAAUCUGGCGAUCAGGAAAUGGGCAAGGAAUCUACCCAGGCAGAAACCUAAGCUGAAGGGGUCGAAAAACUUUGAUUUAGGCUUUUGUGGUGUGCCUGGGGGGGAAGGUGUACAUGUGAACUUCGACCAUUUUAGGUUAGUAAGGGGCUGUCGAAUCCAUUUUGCGAACCUCUUCUCUGCAUAUUUCGCAUCGAUGUAUUUUAUCUACUUAGCUAGUUAGUCAAGUUUGGGGUUGUAAUUAGAAAACAGAUCAGUGCCUGCAGAUUGCGAGAUGUUUAGUAUAGAUCAAGCUUUCAUGGUAUUGAAGUCUGAUUAAUCCCGUAUAUAACUGCUGAUCUGCGUCGUUCGGUACUAAA